AUGUGUUCGGAUAACAUGGCCAACAGAUUUAGCAUUCCUGAUAUUCGCAUCCUUCUCGUGGGCUUCGCCGUGCUGUCAAGUCAGCGUAACCAUAGCAUCGCUGCCUCCAAAGACACCAUAAAUAUUGGAUUCUUAGCUGAAUAUUCUCAAAUGCGUGUGACACUUGGAGGUCUACCUCUUGCCAUUGAGGAUGUCAAUAAAAAUGUUAAUUUGUUGCCCGGAAAAACUCUGACCUUUACUCCAUUCGACAUAGGCAACAAAAUGAGCGCAUAUCGAGUGAGACCAUUAAGAUUUAUGACUGAGAUGAGGGAAAAAAAAGUGAAGGCUUUCAUCGGACCCGACGAAAGCUGCACAACCGAGGCACUACUUGCAUCUGCCUGGAAUACCCCAAUGCUUUCAUUCAAAUGCUCCGACUCUAUUGUUUCUAAUAAAAGUACCUUCCACACCUUUGCAAGAACACUCGCACCAGCAUCAAAGGUUUCCAAGAGUGUGAUAAGUCUGUUGAAUGCUUACGAUUGGAAGAAAUUUGCCAUUGUUGUUAGUUCAAAGCCAAUUUGGGGAUCUGAUGUAGCCAGCGCUAUACAGGAACUGGCGGAAUCGAGAAACUUUACCAUUACGCACUUUAAAUACAUAUCGGAUUAUAUACCUAUUAGGAAAACUUUGUCCCAAAUUGAAAACAUUAUAGAAGAAACCUACAAAACGACAAGAAUAUACGUAUUUAUCGGUGAACAUAUCGCCAUGGUUGACUUUGUGCGCGGCUUACAGAAUCGUAAGCUUUUGGAAAGCGGAAAAUAUAUAGUCAUAUCAGUGGAUGAUGAAAUCUAUAAUGCAAAUCGUGUUAAUAUAAUGGAACGUAAUUACUUAGAUCCUUAUAUUAGAAAAGAAAAGAGCAAAUCACUGGACAAAAUCUCAUUUCGUUCAGUUAUAAAAAUAAGCAUGACAUAUCCACAAAAUCCUCAUAUUCGUGAUAUCUGCGCCAAAAUUAAGGAGUAUGCACGUAAAGCACCUUUCCUGGUGCCCUACCAUCAACGUGUUUUCGAGAACAUUUCGGUUCCCAUUUUUGGCUUACAUUUGUACGACAGCGUAAUGAUCUAUGCUCGUGCAAUAACGGAAAUACUUCAUCUAGGGGGAGACAUAAAUGAUGGUAGCCUUGUAAUGAGUCAUAUAUUCAAUAGGUCCUACCACUCCAUUCAGGGCUUUGAUGUCUUUAUUGACUCAAAUGGCGAUGCCGAGGGAAACUACACUGUGAUCACAUUACAAAGCGAUACGAAUGGAGCUAGUUCUGGGAGUUCCUUAGCGAAAAUGACAAUGCUUCCCGUUGGAUUCUUCGUUUAUAACAAGGACUCUGUAAUUCCUGAGUUUCGUUAUAUAAAAAAUAGUCGACCUAUACAAUGGCUUAACGGUCGUCCGCCUCUUGCGGAACCAAUGUGUGGCUUCCACGGGGAAUUGUGUCCUCGCAAGAAAUUGGACUGGCGCUACCUAGUAACAGCUCCACUCUGCGCAUUCGUCCUGAUUGUAGCUAUCGCUCUAUUGUUCAAGCAUUACCGCUACGAACAGACUUUAGCUGGUUUAUUGUGGAAGGUGGAUAUGAAGGAAGUAACUGUUAUUAAUCUGGGGGAAUAUAAUAAUCCAAACCAUAAGAAUAUCGUUCAAAUAUGUCGACAAAGUAUUCUGGUAGUUGGAGAGCCAAAUAAAAGAUCAUUUACAAAUAUUGCUCUAUUUCGUGGCAACAUUGUCGCUAUGAAAAAGAUUCAUAAGAAGAAUGUAGAUAUAACACGUUGUAUUCGUAAAGAAUUGAAACUUAUGCGAGAGGUUCGACAUGAAAAUAUAAUCAAUUUUAUUGGCGCAUCGAUUGAUCAUGGAUCGGUGAUAAUAUUCACCACAUACUGUGCCAGAGGAAGUUUGGAGGAUGUACUGGCGAAUGAGGAUUUACAUUUGGAUCAUAUGUUUAUUUCUUCAUUGGUCUCGGAUAUAUUAAAGGGCAUGAUAUAUCUGCACGACUCGGAGAUAAUAUCACACGGGAAUCUGAGAUCAAGUAACUGCCUGAUCGAUUCAAGAUGGGUUUGUCAAAUCUCUGACUUUGGACUUCAUGAACUAAAAGCCGGACAGGAUGAGCCCAAUAAAAUGGAAUUGGAAUUAAAACGUGCCCUUAUUAUGGCCCCGGAGCUUUUACGGGAUCCCUACAGACCAGCUCGUGGUACACAGAAGGGUGACAUUUACUCCUUUGGCAUUUUGCUAUAUGAAAUGAUUGGCCGCAAGGGAACCUGGGGUGAAACAACAUAUACAAAUGAGGAAAUAAUUGAAUUUGUCAAAAAUCCUGAUCUACUACAGCACGGAGUGUUUCGUCCAGCCCUUAGUUAUCUAGAUAUACCAAAUUAUAUAAGACAAUGUCUGCGCCUUUGUUGGGAAGAAGAUCCCGAAGUUCGACCCGAUAUUCGACUUGUUCGCAUGCAUCUAAAAGAGCUACAGGCGGGAUUAAAGCCAAACAUAUUUGAUAACAUGCUGGCAAUUAUGGAAAAAUAUGCCUAUAAUCUUGAGGGCUUAGUUCAAGAACGCACCAAUUUGCUGUACGAGGAGAAAAAGAAAACUGACAUGCUGCUUUAUCAAAUGCUACCAAAAACUGUAGCUGAGUUACUGAAGAGUGGAGAUCCAGUUAAGGCCGAGUGCUUCGACUGUGUUACAAUUCUAUUUAGCGAUAUUGUUGGCUUCACCGAACUCUGUACUACCAGCACCCCCUUUGAAGUUGUAGAAAUGCUUAACGAUUUGUAUACAUGCUGCGAUUCUAUUAUAUCCAACUAUGAUGUCUACAAGGUGGAGACUAUUGGAGAUGCUUAUAUGGUAGUAUCUGGAUUACCUUUAAAGAACGGCAACCGACAUGCCGGAGAAAUAGCUUCGCUAGCUCUACACCUGCUAGAAACUGUCGGGAAUCUUAAAAUACGACAUAAACCCACUGAAAUGAUGCAAUUUCGCAUUGGCCUACACUCUGGCCCAUGUGCAGCGGGCGUGGUUGGUCAAAAGAUGCCACGUUAUUGCCUGUUUGGGGACACUGUCAAUACGGCUUCUCGCAUGGAGAGCACUGGAGAGGCCAUGAAAAUCCAUAUCUCGGAAGUGACCUAUCAACUGCUGCAAGAUGUCGGAGGUUACGUAUGCAUCGAACGGGGGUUGACCAGCAUUAAGGGCAAAGGCUAUAUGCGCACAUAUUGGCUGAUCAAACAACUGCAAGCCGAGAAGCGAUCACUGAUGAUCAACGAUUGGGCUCCCGAUCUCAUUAGCACUGUGGAUGCCUCCAAUGCCUAUUGUGCCAAAACUCAAGGCGAUGAUUUAUCUCUGCAACAGCUGAAACACUUUCGCACAGAUUCCUGUAAUUGUGCCACCAGAUCUUUAUAUAGUCGCCGAUCCGAUGAUAAUGUCAACACCACCCUUGAUCACUUCGGCCUGCAGAAUAUCAACGAUCCCGUGCAGAUCAACUGCAAUCAGUUGUGCGUGUGUCGAUUAAAGGGCAGUCCAGUUUUUAACAACCGAGGUCCACGUUCCGCUCCAAGUAUUACUUUUAGACUAUAG